AUGGCUCCGGCUUCCGCUCUCGAGUUUACAACUGUUCAUGAUUUUAAGGCCCUUGAUUGUCUUUCGGCUGGACUGCCUGAAGACCGAAUAGACCGAACCAGUACAACGACGGAAGGUGUCACACGAUCCUAUAUUGUAGAUGCAGGGCAACCGUGCACGACGAGUGGACACACCUUGCCUGCGCGUGAUAACCCUUCGGAAGAUCUCGUCCACCUAUGGUCACAGAGUCAAAGUCGAUCGAUCGUAUACUCAUCAUCAAGAACUUAUCAAUCUGAUACCACGAGAUGCUCUUUUGAUACAAUUUCCGGAUCAAAAAGUUCUAAAAAUAAUCCGGCUAAAGAGAAUGUUUAUGUUUACCGAUCGAUUAUUCCCUCGGUCGAUGGAGCUCAAGCUACCAGAGAGAGUUACUUUGCACUUAUUGCCAACGAGUACAUUUAUAGUGUCCUCAGUUUCCGGUUUAUGGCCCCCUCGCCCACCAUUCGUACCUCCGUAGCGGGGCUCAACCAUGACUUCCGGACCCAUGAUACUCCACUCAAGAAAUACCUUGACUGGAUCAAUGAGUUUGAACGACGGUUCAUUACUAAUUUUGGUCGUAGUUCGCGGCUGGAAGACGUGGGGGACUGCCUCGCGGCCCAUAUCGAGCUAGCGGUUCUAAGAUUCUUCCUCAGAGAUAGUGCUUCGGCAUAUAGCCUGUUGUCUGAGCAACCAAAUGGCAAUUUGACCGUUUCCUUUCCCCGUGUACUUGGUUCACCUCGGUACGAGCUCUCACGAUUCGUUUUAUACGACACAAUCCUGUCGUUUUUACUCGGAGUGCCACCCUUGUUAGAGUAUGGGUAUGAGGGUACAUGUGAGAGUGAUGGGUUCGAGUGGAUCCACGGGAUUCCGUUUGCACUCUUUCAAAUCAUUGCACAAGUUAAUUCAUGGAGAGCUGGCUCUAAAGUACCCCUUGAUGAUUGGCAAACCCUAGAGCAGCGUGUUUUGACCUGGAGGCCAUCCCAUGCAAUGUUAAACGAAUGUUCUGCUUCGGAGGACGCCAACAUCGAACGAGCUACGGCUGGUAUAGCGGCACGGCUGGAAAGACACCGAGUUGCUGUGUACGAAACACUACUUUCGUUCACGGAUGCACGACCCUGGCUCCUUGGCGGGCCACGAUUUAGCCAGUUUCUCUAUCACUUGUGGCAUGGUGCGGGCGAAGGAGGAAGAGCUAUCACAUGGAACGACUAUGUUCAGUCGAGGCAUGAAACUAAUCCUUUGUGA